AUGGGUAAGGAAAAUGCCACCCAGGUGGAGGAGUUCAUCCUUUUGGGGUUCACAGAAGAUGCGGGGCUCCAGCUGGUGCUCUUUUUCAUCUUCCUCAUCAUUUAUGUCUUCAGCCUCUUGGGAAAUCUCACCUUGAUUUCCCUGAUCUGCGCCGAUUCUCGACUCCACACGCCCAUGUACUUCUUUAUUGGAAACCUGUCCUGCCUGGACCUCUGGUAUUCUUCUGUCUACUCCCCUAAAAUCCUAGUGACCUGCAUCUCUGAAGACAAAAGCAUCUCCUUUGCUGGCUGCCUCGCUCAGUUCUUCUUCUCCGCCGGGCUGGCCUACACUGAGUGCUACCUGCUGGCCGCCAUGGCCUAUGACCGCUACAUGGCCAUCUCCAGUCCCCUGCUUUAUUCCCAGGCCAUGUCCCCAUGGCUAUGUGCCAGUCUUGUCACUGCUUCAUACCUUGGUGGCUUUGUAAACUCCACCAUCAUCACCAGUGAGACUUUCACCCUGAGCUUCUGUGGCGACAAUGUCAUCGAUGAUUUCUUCUGUGACCUGCCUCCGCUGGUCAAGUUGGCCUGUGAUAUGGAGGAGAGCUACCAGGCGGUGCUGUACUUCAUCCUGGCCUCCAACGUCAUUGCUCCUGCCACGCUCAUCCUGGCCUCCUACCUCUUCAUCAUCGCCGCAGUCUUGAGGAUCCGCUCCGCCCAGGGCCGCCUCAAGGCCUUCUCCACGUGCGGCUCCCACCUGACUGCCGUCACCCUGUACUACGGCUCCAUUCUCUUCAUCUACUCCCGACCCAGCACCAGCUACGCCCUGGAACGGGACAAAGUGGUGUCGGUGUUCUACACCGUGGUCAUCCCCAUGUUGAACCCUUUGAUCUACAGCUUGAGAAAUAAAGAUGUCAAAGAGGCCCUGAGGAAAAUACUAGUUAGAGCUGAGUUUCCUUAA